ACACCGAAAAUCUUCCCCAGCACUUUAGAACGGGGACCCUGUCUGUGUUAAAGAAGAAGUGGGAGAAGCCAGCAGCCGGAGCAGAGCCGCACACAGACUCACUGCCACACAGGAGCAGCGAGGUUAGGCACAGAGUGGACCACCCUCCUGCUGAAGUGACAGACAGCUCUGCUACUGGAACCAGGGCCAACCUCGAAGAUCUAACCCAGCCCAAACCUAGAUUUGGAUCACGUCUGGAAGCCGUUGCUCAGUGUCAGUAUCCCCCCACCGAAGACAGUGAGGAUCCGAAAGCCCAGGCACCAGAAAUUAAAAAAAUGGAAAAUUGUCUGGGAGAUUCCAGGCAUGAAGUGGAGAGAUCAGAAAUGUGUGAAAACACAGACGCUUCAGGCAAAAUAGAGAAAUACAAUGUUCCGAUGAACCAGCUUAAGAUGAUGUUUGAGAAAGGUGAACCAACUCAAACCAAGAAUCUUUGGUCCCAAAGCCGAAACGCAGAUGGACGGAGAAUCUCUGAAAACAGCUAUUCUCUGGAUGACUUGGAAAUAGGCCCAGGUCAUUUGUCAUCCUCAGCCUUCAACUCGGAGAAACAUGAGAGUAAGAGAAGUCUGGAGCUGCCACGCCUCUCAGAAACCUCCAUAAAGGAUCGAAUGGCCAAGUACCAGGCAGCUGUGUCCAAGCAGAGUAGUUCAAGCAGCUACAUGAAUGAGUUGAAAACCAGUGGUGGUGAAAUCAAAGCUCAUAAAUUGGAGCAAAAGGAGAAGGUGUCCCCCGGUCCUGAGGUCUGCGUCUCCCAUCAGGAGGGAGAAAAGGCUUCUUCAACUGAGAAUAGCCUGGCAGCCUACUCUAACCCUGCUGAAGAUGACUCUUCAGGUAACCACCAGGUGAAGCAUGAAGCCCAGCAGUCUGUGUACGUCAAGCCACUGAGUCCUGACACCAGAGCUGCCAGUCUUCCUGAAAAUUCUCCUUCCAAACCAAUGAAGAAGUUUCAGGCACCUGCAAAAGAGACGUGUGUGGAAUGCCAGAAGACUGUCUACCCCAUGGAACGCCUCUUGGCCAACCAGCAGGUGUUUCACGUCAGCUGCUUUCGUUGCUCCUACUGCAACAACAAACUUAGUCUAGGAACAUAUGCAUCUUUACAUGGGAGAAUUUAUUGCAAGCCUCACUUCAAUCAGCUCUUUAAGUCCAAAGGCAACUAUGAUGAAGGCUUUGGGCAUAGACCACACAAAGAUCUAUGGGCAAACAAAAGUGAAAAUGAAGAGACUUUGGAGAGACCAGCCCAGCCUCCAAACGCAGGGGACACGUCUCGUAGCCCAGGGGUAGAAGACGCCCCCAUUGCUAAGGUGGGCUUGCUGGCUGCAAGUAUGGAAGCCAAGGCCUCCUCUCAGCGGGAGAAGGAGGACAAACCGGCUGAAACCAAGAAGCUGAAGAUCGCCUGGCCACCCCCAACUGAACUCAGCAGUUCAGGAAGUGCCUUGGAGGAAGGGCUCAAAGUAUCUAAGCCCAAGUGGCCUCCCGAGGAUGAAAUCAGCAAAGCCACAGAAGAAGUGGAUCUGGAUCUGAAGAAGCUAAGGCGAUCUUCGUCUCUGAAGGAACGGAGCCGCCCGUUCACUGUGGCGGCAUCGCUUCGAACCUCUUCUGUCAAGAGCCCCAAAACAUUGUCCCCACUGAUCAAGAAAGGUUGGAGCAUGUCAGAGCAGAGUGAGUUUGCAGGGGGGAUGAUGACAGAAGGGAGACAGGUGGAAGACGCCAAGGUCUCUGGGAAGAAUGGGAAUGUGGGAAAAACAAGCUGGCCAUUGGAAGAACUGGAGGGAGAAGAGGCUGGGGGAAGGGGCAGGGGCAUUCACAGUCUGCAGCUGGGGAGUGGGCAUCGCAUAGGAAAUGGUGCAAGCACAGACGAAAAUGACAGUGACUCCCUCCAACAGCAGUCUCCACUUGAACCCAGGUCUCCAAAUUGGUCCAGCUUUGUAGACAACACGGCCACUAAAGAAUUUACUCUGCAGAAUCAGAAAUCCCAGGAUGUUGGCUUCUGGGAGGGAGAAAUGGUCAAAGAGCUGUCUGUGGAAGAACAGAUAAAAAGAAACAGGUAUUAUGACGAGGAAGAAGAUGAAGAAUGAUGUAUUGCAGCGGUGCUGGGCCUUAAAUUCACAUUAGUGCUAGUGACCCACUGCCCUUUAUCAAAGGGGUGCGUAGAAACAAAUAUCUUGGCAUGAACUGUCAUUUAUGUGGAAGCAACUUUGGAAAUGAAUUCCUGCUACCAAAACAAAACAAAAGUAAAACAUACUGCAGCUGAACUGAACUAAUUCUAACUGCUGGAGGUAAAGUUUUUUAAAUCCUCCACUUUGCUAAGCAGGGGGAUUUUCCUGCUGGUGCCAUCCAGAUUCCAUUACAUUCCCAAAGGCAAUAUUAAAGGAGCUAGGUAAUUAGGAGCACAGUUUUUACACUACAAAUAACAAUUCUGGAAUUAAGGAACACACAGAAUGAAUUUAGGGGUUAUCUAUUGUGACUGGAAGCACUUUAGUAUAAAGCGCACAGUUUGUAUAUUUUUAAAUGAAUACCAAUUUAAUUUUUUAGUACUCAUUUGUUGAGAUCAAAUAUUUAGUCUUUUAAAACUUUUUGAUCAGUUCUUACUCUGGUAUAUAUGGGAAAUUUAUUACUCUGCAUUCUGCUCUCUUGUAUUUGGGCCAGCAAGAUGGCUCAGUGGGUAGAGGCACUUGCUGGGCAUGCCUGACCACCUAUGUUGGAUUCCUGGAGCCCGUGUAAAGGCAGAAAGAGAGAACUAACUCUACAAAGUUGUCCUCUGACUUCCACACCUGUGCCAUUGCACACACACCUAUGUAUACAUCAUAAAUAUCAUUAUAAUUUUUUU